AUGGAAAACAAGUUGGGCAUCCCAGAGCGAGGCGGCGCGAGGCGCGCCAGGCGGCUGCGGCGCGGUGGCGGGGCAGAGCGGCGACAGCACGCUCACAAUGAUCAUAAAAUAAGGAGCGCACGGGGUGGGGGCGAGAGAGCCCCGAGCCUCAGCCCUCCGCCCUCCGCCCCCGGCUAUCCCCACAGCAGCCCGGAGCCAGGAGGGGCUUGGGGAUCCGGGGCGCCCACGCCACCUCCAGACCCUAGUAGACAGGAGACACUGCCCAGGGAAGGGGGCGCCCCGAGACCGUGCAGGCGGAGAGGUCAGGGGAGUCCGGUGACCCAGGUACCCGGCGCGGCCCUAGGGGCAGGUCCUCGGCGGCCGCGGCGGAGCAGGCGGCGGGGGACACCCGAGCGCAGCCCCGGGGCCCCACGCGGCAGUCGGCGGCGACAGUGGCAAAGGAGCGCGCGAGUGGGCGCCGGAGGGGACCCGGCGAGCACCUAACCCGGAGCGCGCCUCUGGAAACCGCGGGUGGGUGCCGGCCACGCAGGACGCCGGACCUCUGCCGCUUGAACGAGAGCUCACACUGCAAUUGAUUGGGCCCCGCCGGGCGGGUGCGCGUGUCCCGGGGAACGGGUGCGGAAGGCAGAAGGGCAGGAAGUCGGCGUUCUGCAGCGAGGGUGGCGCGACCGCGCGAGGACCUAGCCUUCCUUAUUUAUGUGCCUGCCAGCGCCCGUCUGCUUCCUCAGAAGACUUCAGGAAGAGUGUCCGAGCUGCCAACCCCAAGCGUGAGGACGCAAGGCUGGAUGUCAGAACAACAUGCUUAUCCAUUAAACUCCAAACUUUUCUUUUUUUAAACCCAAAGAAUAUCGGUGGCUUUUGCCUACUGCUAGAAGAGGGAGCCUAGGGCUCUUGAGAUGCAACAGAAUCCGUAUUUAUAACCAGGCCCGGUAGUGCUAUGCGAGCUCCCUCCUCUUAAUAAGUUCUCUAGCCUGUGGCUCGCGGUUUUUUUUGUUU